AUGACGGCCUUCCUUCAGCUGUGGUCAGACAGCAUAAGCCAGGCGGCCGUAUCGGAGGGAACUCUUUGGGAAGACCCCGACUUUCCGGGCGACCCAAGGUACCUCCGAGAGCACAUGCUCGUGUUUUCCUGUCUAACCCCAAGCUCCGAAACCAUUCCCACCUACCAAAAACUAUCCUGGGGAUAUCGAAGCGCUCUAAGCCUCGUGGCUGGAACAGUGCCGCCGGGCAUACCUCCUGGAGAGGCCGUGCGAUGGUUGCGACCGUCGGAAGUUGCGGGAGGCGAGGCGGUGCUUUUUGUCGGGGACGUACCUGGGGACGGUCCCAUGGUACCAGGGCAGUGGCUGCUGUCGGCGAUAGGCAUCCUCACCGGACGCCCGCAUCUGCUGAGAUCGCUGUUCGUGCCCACGGGGCAAGAGGCGCUCGGUCGCUACUGCGUCCGUCUCUUCAAGGAAGCCAACUGGAUCAACGUCUUCGUCGACACCUGCAUCGCGUGCAAUGCUUUGGGAGAUGUGAGAGAUCACGACGGUACAAGGGGACAUAGGUCGUUUGCCGGUCCUGCAGUCAGCGCUCGGCACCUAGACGAACCGAGAAUGUUUAACCCUGGGCACAUCCACGCGCGCAGCUGGAUCCGGCCCCCGGCGAAAGAAAAACCCCUCGCCGAGCCUCUCUUCUGCCGCGGGGAAGAGAGGCACGAGCUGUGGGGUUUCCUGCUGGAGAAGGCAUACGCCAAAGCUCACGGCUGCUACGAGAACCUCAUGCACGGAGACACGCGCGAAGCGCUCCGAGACCUGACGGGGGGAGUCUCCGAGAAGCUCCAGUGGCAGCUGAGCGGGCGGCCUGGUGCUGCCGGUGUUUCGGCCGCGACGCCAGGCCAGGCGGCGCCGGAGCAGCAGCGGGAGAUCCCGCGCCCACGAGUUGCCGGGUGGGGCAUCCUGGCGGGCACGACACCGCCGUUGGGCUGGGUUUUCGAGAACAUAAGGGACAGACUUUCGGAUGGGCAGGUUCUCGGUUGCAGGGUGAUGAAGGGUCUUUGCUCUGGAGUUUCGUACUGCGUCCUGGAGGCGUUCGAGAAGGGCGGCACGCGUCUUCUGCGCUUGCGGGACCCUUGGGCAGAUGCGCAAGCACACCGCACCUCACCACCACCCGCGCACCCCCAUGUCGCUGAAAACAAAGCUCGACAGCGAGGCGCGGAACCCGGCGAGUACCUCGGAGACUGGGGCCCUUCGUCACGGCAGUGGUCCGCACGCGCCGUGGCCUCGGAGCUUCUCCCCAGAACGCUCCGCGGAAUGUUCUGGAUGGAGAUGGGAGACUUUCUCAGGAUGUUCAACACGCUGUACGCCGUGGACCUCGCUGGAGGUGUCGAAAACGAGCAGCAGCGGUACCAACAGCCCAGCUUCGCGACCAUCCACCGCCCCUGGCGCGGCCUCCGAACUUGCGGCCGGCGCUGGAUCGAGGGAAGGGCGCUGCCAGGGGUCGUGGGAGGGAGAAGGGUGUGGGGGAAGAUCGGCCCCCGCGACAGCAGCAUUCGUAACAACAGCGGCGGCACCACCACCACCAGCGGUUUCGGCAUCACCACCGCGACAGGCGCGGUCGCGCCGUCAUCCGGAACGCCGAAAAGUGCCUACAACAAGGACAACACAGCUCAAGUACUGAUCACGGUUACCCAGGAAGAUUCGAGGUACCACCGCAAGGACUACACCGAGCGAGGCGAGAGACGACGCUCCAUCGGAUUUCUCGUCCACAGCCACCGAUGGUCGACCGACUCGAAGCGCGACAUCCCGAAGUUGUCGAAGAUUGUUCAGGCCGAAACAAAACACCUCACCCGACCUUUCGUGCCUCGUCGAGACGUUUCUUGCCGCCUCGCGCUUCCGCAAGGGCAGUACGUCAUCGUGGCGACGUCGCUCGAGGCUGGAGUAGCGGGACGGUUCUGGGUGCACGUGAAGGCUGAUCGCGACUUUGCUCUUCAGCCCAGCUUCCCCGGGGCGGCGAACGCCGGUUCCAAUGCCGGCAGCUGCGGAAUAAAAACGAGGGAGGUCGGCGUGUCUGUGGAAAUAGCCUACAACGAAGUCGAAGAAAAUGCAGAGGGCAAUGGCUUGACCGCCGCCGCAGCAAGCCUUGGGGGACUACUGACGACGGCGCAGGAGCUGGCCGCGAGGAAAGCAGCGGCCGAGCACCAGCACCAAAUGUUGCAAGAGCAGGCGGAGCGAAAGGAGAAUCAGGAUACAACCCGAGCCGCAGAUACUAUCGUUGCCGAGGACGGCGACAACUAA